CGAGCAUUGAAUCUGUAAUACGACCGUUGGGUCGGGUCCGUCCAACAGAGAUUCUUCACGUGGCCACGCAUGUCCUCCUCACUGACACUAGUCCUCCUCUCGUUCAGCUCUCAUAUCCGCCCGCGCGUCUCAGCACAUUGUUCCGCCUGAUUAGCCAGCCAAGGGCAACUCUGUAUCGAUCGAGUCUGCAUUCACGAGCUAUUCGCGCGGAGUUCCUUGUCGAGAAUUGUCGCCGGGCUUCUGCUUCGCGUCUGUAGCCUCGCGUUCAGGCCUGUGCCUCCCUCUCGGCUAAUUGACCGCGUCGCUGACCCUCCGUUGACUCUCCGUUGACUCUCCGUUGACUCUCCGUUGACCUCGUGGUUGGCUGUCACUAGAGAGGUUGACUAGCUGACUCGCAAUAGCUAGCCUGAUUGCCAAUAGCGGUGUUGACCAUGGGGGUACAAACGGAGGAGGCUCCUCAGAUGCCUCGCAGCACGCGCGUGUGCGUCAAGGGGUUGCCAGAAUACGUGACGGAGGACAGACUGAGGGAGCACUUUUCCGUCAAGGGCCACGUCACCGAUGCCAAGGUCAUGCGCACACGCGACGGUCGGUCACGGCAGUUUGGGUUUGUGGGCCUUCGGUCAGAGGAGGAGGCAGCGGCGGUUAUAUCCUACUUCAACCGCUCCUUUAUGGACACGUUUCGACUUACCUGUGAGUUCGCCAUGCCUAUCGGCCACACUGCUUUACCCCGGGCCUGGAGCAAACACACACAGGCGAAGGAGAAGGGGGGAGAGGGCGCAGGGGCAGGGGGGAAGCGGGGGGUGAAGCAAGCAGCGAGGGAGGAUGAGGGGUUUAGGGAGUUUUUGGAAGUGAUGGAGAGAGGAGGGAAGAAGAAGGUAUGGGCUAAUGAUACUGCUGAUGGGGAAGGGGAUGGGAGUGAGGAGGGGGAGGAGAGGGGGGGAGGAGAUGGGGAGGAGGAGGAUGAGAGCGAAAGGGAGGAGGGAGAGGAGGGGGAGGAGGAGGAAGAGGAGGAAGGCGGUUUGAGUAACUUGGACUAUCUCAAGAAGAGAGUCGCCUCCAAUUGGAGUGAUGAGGACGAUGAGGAGGAGGAGGAGGAGAAUGGCGAAGAGGACAAUGAGCGGAAGGCGAAUGAAGUGGAGAGGAUAGGGGGGGCCGAGGAAGAGAGUGGGGGAGAGAGUGAGGGAGAGGAGGAGGAAGGAGAUGUGGAGGAGGGGGAGGGUGGGGACGAAGAGGGAGAGGAAGGGGAGGAAGGGGAGGAAGGGGAGGAAGCAGAGGAAGAAGAGGGAGGAGAGGAAGGGAGGGAUAACACAGAUGGAGUGGUGGAUGGAGCAGCGGCGGAGGGAGGGCCUGCUACGGUGGAUGGGGGAGCAGCAGAGGACGUGCGGGAGACGGGCCGCCUCUUCAUCCGCAACCUCUGCUACUCCGCCUCGGAGGGUGAUCUGCGCGCGCUGCUAUCGCCCUUCGGUUCGCUCGCCGAGGUGCAUCUGGUGGUGGACCGCCAGACCAAGCUGUCCAAGGGCUUUGCCUACGCGCUCUUCACUGUGCCUGAGGACGCUGUCAGUGCCAUGAAGGCCCUGGACUCCUCCAUCUUCCAAGGGCGCCUGCUGCACGUGCUGCCGGCGCACAGACCCCCGCCAAAGAAAGACGAGGAGGCGAGCCAGCAGGCAGGGACGUUGAAGGAGAGGAGGGAGGAGGAGCGGAAGAAGCGGGAGGCGGGAGGGGAUACCCGCGCCUGGAGCUCCUUCUACAUGCGACCUGAUACGGUGGCAGAAGCAGUGGCCCAGCGGUACGGAGUGGCGAAGAGGGACCUGCUUGACCCCUCAGCCAGUGACACGGCCGUGCGCCUGGCCCUGGGAGAGGCGCACAUAGUGGCGGACACCAAGAGGGCGCUGCUGGACGCGGGCAUCGAUGUGGGGCUCCUGGAGAAAUUCGCCACCGCUGCCACCGCUGCUGCCGCCACUAAAGCAGCCGCCAAAGCAGCUGGUAAAGCCGACGCUAAGGCGGACGGUGGUGGGGCUGGUGGCUUGGCGCGCAGCAGGAGCGUGGUGCUGGUGAAGAACCUGCCGUUCAAGGUGGAGGCGAGCGAGCUGGUGGGCUUGUUCCAACGAUACGGUCCUGUGGCGCGGUUUGUGCUACCUCCUACCAACACUGUGGCACUGGUGGAGAUGGCUGAUUCUGCUGAUGCCAAGAGGGCUUUCAAAGGCCUUGCUUAUAAGAGAUACCAGCAUGUGCCCCUGUACCUCGAAUGGGCACCGGAAGGAAUCUUCCUAGAACCUGCAGCACCAUCGGAUGCACCUGCAAACGCAACCGCAGCCGCAGCUGCAGCUGCUACUACUAGGGAGGCAGGCGGAGGGCCGGGAGAAGGGGAUGCGAGGGGUGGGAAGGAAAGAGGAGAUAAGAAGGGUCAGAAAGUGGUGGGGCUGUUGCCAGUGGUGGUGGAUGGGAAGGCGGCACGGAGGUUGGCAGCAGAGGAGGAGAUGGUGGGGGGGAGAGAGGGGGGCGCAGGGGGUGAAGGGGAGCCAGUGGAGGGGGAGGAAGACAGUCAGCCCACCACGCACAGCGUGUUUGUCAAGAACCUCAGCUUCGGCACGAGUGAGGCACAACUCAAGGAGCACUUCGAGAAGCUUCUUAGAAGCAAGCAAGGAGGGCGGGAUGGGGAGGGGCCAGCAAUACGCAGCGUGACGAUCAAGAAGCGAGUGCGCAAUGGCAAGCAGCUGUCGAUGGGGUUCGGGUUUGUGGAGUUUGGCUCCAUGCUGGCUGCCCACCGGGCAUGCAAGCUGCUGCAGGGUACUGUGUUGGAUGGCCAUGCGCUGCUGCUGCAGCUGAGCAAGGGGGAGACUAGAGGGGGCGAGGGGAAGGGGGAGGCAGUAGGGGCGGGCGGCAAGGGGAAGGAGAGCUCCACCAAAGUGAUAGUGCGCAAUGUGCCAUUUGAGGCCACCAAGAGAGACAUUCAGCAGCUCUUUGCUCCUUUCGGCCAGCUCAAGAGCAUGCGUCUGCCCCGCAAGUUCGAUGGGGGCCAUCGGGGAUUCGCCUUUGUGGAGUUUGCCACAAAGAGAGAAGCAGAAAGCGCCUUUGAUGCUCUGAAGAACACCCACCUGUACGGGCGGCACCUCGUGCUCGAGAGGGCCAAGGAGUGGGAGGGAUUAGACGAGCUACGCGCCAAAACUGCUGCCCAGUUUCUGGACGGCGGGGCGGGAGGGGUGAGGCAGAAGAAGCGGGCAAAGCUGGGGCAGGGCGUGGAUGACAGUGACGUGGCGUUCAGGGAAAUGCAGUUUGGUUGAUGGGGGAUCAUGAAUAUGGGGCCUGCUGGUAUAGUAGCUGAGAGUGCUCAGAAAAGCAAUCGUGUGCAGCAGAAGAGGGCGAAGCCAGGGCAGGGCGUGGAUGACAGCGAUGUGGGUGUGGCGCUCAGAGAGAUACAGUUCGGUUGUCUGGGAUUAUGGUGGCAUGGUCGCGGGUGUGCAGUAGCCAGUGGUGUGUAGUUGUGCACUGUGAAGCAGGGGGCUAGGCUGGGGCAGUGGGUGUGUGGCAUUAUGGAGGGCAUGGUUUGGUUGAUUGCAUUUUAGGUACCAAGUUUAUGCACCUCCUUGCAGCUGACUGCAGUUAGUAUCCAGGGGAAAACUAAUUACCAGUU